AUGAGUACUAUUAAAUCAGUUCAUGCACGUCAAAUCCUCGACUCUAGAGGCAACCCAACCGUUGAAGUAGAUGUAGUGACAGACAAUGGUCAGUUGUUCAGAGCUGCCGUGCCAUCAGGUGCAUCAACCGGUGCCUACGAAGCUGUCGAACUCAGAGACAAGGACAGCAAGGUGUAUGGUGGAAAGGGUGUUCUCAAGGCCAUCAACAACGUCAAGUCGAUUCUUGCACCAGCACUCAUCGGCAAGGACGUCACCCAACAAAAGGAACUCGACGAUCUCAUGAACAAGCUCGACGGCACUGAAAACAAGGGUAAUCUCGGUGCCAACGCCAUCCUCGGUGUCUCUAUGGCUAUCGCUCGUGCUGGUGCUGCCGCCAAGGGUGUCCCACUCUACCGUUACAUCGCCACUCUUGCUGGCAAGGACCCAAAGAAGGUCGUCAUGCCCGUUCCAGCCUUCAACGUCAUCAAUGGUGGUUCGCAUGCUGGUAACCGUCUUGCCAUGCAAGAGUUUAUGAUCCUCCCUGUUGGUGCCUCGAGCUUCUCUGAAGCUGUCCGUUUGGGUGCUGAAGUCUACCACAGUCUCAAGGGUGUCAUCCAAGGUCGUUAUGGUCAAGAUGCCGUCAACGUCGGUGAUGAAGGUGGUUUUGCUCCACCAAUCCUCAGUAACAAGGAAGGUCUUGAACUCCUUAAACUUGCCAUUGAAAAGGCUGGUCACACUGGAAAGGUAAAGAUUGGUAUGGAUUGUGCUGCCUCUGAAUUCAAGACUGAUAAGGGUUACGAUCUCGACUUUAAGACCAAGAACAAUGACGGUUCACAAGUCAUCUCUGGUGAAGCUCUCGGUCAAUUGUACAAGGACUUUGUUGCUGAAUAUCCAAUCGUAUCAAUUGAAGAUCCAUUUGAUCAAGAUGAUUGGGAAUCAUACACCAAGUUGACAUCAUCAACUCAUGUCCAAAUUGUUGGUGAUGAUUUGUUGGUAACCAACCCAAAGAAGGUUCAAGAAGGUAUUGACAAGAAGGCUUGCAAUGCCCUCCUUCUCAAGCUCAACCAAAUCGGUACCGUCACUGAAUCGAUCCAAGCCUGUUUGUUGGCCCAAUCUGCUGGUUGGGGUGUCAUGGUCUCACACAGAUCCGGUGAAACCGAAGACACCUUUAUUGCUGACCUCGUUGUUGGUUUGCAAACCGGUCAAAUCAAGACUGGUGCUCCAUGUCGUUCAGAGAGAUUAGCCAAAUACAAUCAACUCUUGAGAAUUGAAGAAGAGUUGGGCAAGGAUGCCGUUUUUGUUGGUGAAAAGUUCAGAAACCCAUCUGCUUAA